CUGAGCUUAGGCACCAACUCACAAUAUACUUUAUAAUGACAACACAAGGUUGAUUAGUAAUUUAUUCAGAUCCGCAUUGCAUGACAGCUCAGACACCAGUGCGAUUUAAUGAUCAGCCCUAUAGCAUCAGUUUCUUUGACAGACAAACCUCAUUUUGAUGAUUUGCAACAACCCCCGAAGUUUAGCUUAACAGAAGCACAGAGCACACUGAGCAUGUGUAGUGACACUGGCACUCCUUACAAAAUCCAAGUUGGGGAGCUCCUGUGACAACUGUGAAGGUCUGGAUUAAUACUGUCAUAGAGGUGCUUAUGUUUUUAGGCUGGUGUAGUAAGCUCAGUAUAUAUAAUAUAAAACUUCUAGCCAUAAUCAUAUUUAAGGAACUCAGAUCAGGAUCAGAUAUUGGUUGGGGAAGUGAUUGAUUAGGCCCUAUACAUGGACAAUUUACAUGUACCUUUCCCUAGUAUUUGAUCUGAAGAGGGAAAGUCCAGGUUGACUAUAAGAAAUUCGCUGGUAGUUGCAUACAACAAUAGCUGGCGGGCAGCAAGAUCGACAAUAUCUCGUGGGACUAUACGUUCAGGUUUUCCCUGUAUGAUCAGGGGUUCCAUGAUCUUGUAGCAGCCACUGAAAUGUGUGUUCAGCAAUCGGAUCCAUCUCUAGCUCUGUAAUAGGACAGGAGGCCCCUCUGCUUUAGUAAAAGUCAGUUGUGCAGUUCAGCACACUCAUCCCCUAGAGAUAAAUUUCUCCAGUGAGUUUCUUUUGAGGAACGGGAGGAGGCCCAAGGAUGCCAGGAGCAUGCUAAUGACCUGGAAUUCCAUCACUUGCCAGAGUCAAGAGGAGCCUUCCCCUUGUUCCACAGAACAUUCCAUGCAGGGCAAUGGGAGGGGAGGAGGAGGGAAGCUGCUGGGGUCCAACACAGACUUUCCUAAGUUCACAAACGCCCAAGCAGCACAGGCACUGAGAACUUCUCCCUCUGCAAUGAGUUUGGAUUUUAGGCUCCAGAUGGACUUGGGUCGGAGAUAUCACCACCUGGGCUUCUGCACAUGUAGUGGCCUUGAUGCGGGAAGUGAGUAUGUGAAGUUCUCAAAGGAGAAGUAUAUCCUGGAAACACCCCCUGAGAAACUACACAAAGAGCUUGAGGAAGAAUUAAAGCUCAACAGUUCCGACCUUCGUAGCCAUGCCUGGUACCAUGGGCGCAUACCAAGGGAGGUAUCUGAAAGCUUGGUUCAGAAAAAUGGGGAUUUCUUAAUACGGGAUUCCCUUACCAGCCUGGGUGACUAUGUCCUGACCUCCCGGUGGAAGAACGAACCACUGCACUUCAAAAUCAACAAGGUGAUGGUGAAGACCAGUGACAGCUACACCAGAAUACAGUACCUGUUUGAGCAGGAGAGCUUUGACAAUAUCCCAGCUCUAGUACGCUUUUACGUGGGCAGCAGGAGGCCAGUGUCAGAGCAGAGUAGUGCCCUUAUCUACUGCCCCAUCAACCGUACAUAUCCACUGAGAUACCUAGAAGCCAGUUAUGGCCUAUCACCUGGAAGGCAGGGAGGAUCCCACAGUCCACAAAAGGGCCACAUGAAGAGAAGGAGCAUUACCAUGACGGAUGGACUCACUGCAGACAAAAUCAACAAAAGCAACGGGUGCCCAAACAGUGCUAAUUCUUCCCCGCAUCAUAGAGAUAUGAUCAGAAAUUGUGCAGUCAGUGUGGACCAAAUCCAAGACCUGCACUCCCCAAUGUCUCCCAUUUCAGAAACCCCAGGGUCACCUGCCUACAGCACCGUUGUCAGGAUGAAACCCCCAGUGAACCCAACAGUUUGUGCGACUCCAGGCUCCCCAGUGCUGAGACGAUCCAGUGAGCCCUAUGCUUGCCAUGCAAACAACAAGGCUGCCUUAAAUAUGGCUGACAGUUCCCAUUCCAGUCCAAGUCAUUGUCACCCAAAUAUCUCCCCCUCACCAUCCAUCAGCAGUUAUAGUGAUCCGGACAAUGGCCACUACUGUCAGCUGCGACCUGCCUCCCCAACACACGAUGCAUCCAGCAAGUCCCUCCCACCCAAGAGCUAUGUGGAGAGGUUAAGAGUCGAUGAGGGUGCCAAGGCAGGGGGCAUCCGUGGGGUGGAUGAGGUGGAUAGGGACCCAGGAUGUUUUCUUAUCCCCACUAUGGAAGCAAAAUCCUCUUUCCACCCAUCUGCCUUUAAGUCAACACUGAUCCCAUCAGACAACAAACCACUAGAGAUGUGUAUCCUGAAAAAGGUUAAGGAGCUGUUUUCCAAAGUCGAUGCCAAAACUAUAGCCAAACACAUCACAAAGACAGAUUGUGAGGUUGCCAGGAUAUUAGGUGUUACCAAGGAGAUGCAAAGGAUCAUGGGAGUGAGCUCAGGCAUGGAACUACUGACCCUGCCGCAUGGCCGCCAACUGCGGGUCGAUCUACUAGAAAGGUUUCACACCAUGUCCAUCAUGAUCGCAGUGGACAUCUUGGGUUGCACGGGGAGCACUGAAGAGAGGGCUGCUCUCCUGCACAAGACUAUCCAGCUGGCAGCGGAGCUAAAAGGCACCAUGGGAAACAUGUUCAGUUUUGCUGCUGUGAUGAACGCACUGGAAAUGUCACAGAUCUCUCGUCUGGAGCAAACAUGGGUAGCACUAAGGCAGAGGCACACGGAGGGAGCCAUCUUGUAUGAGAAGAAGCUGAAGCCAUUUUUAAAGAGCAUGAAUGAGGGAAAAGAAAGCCUACCUCUGAGCAACACAACCUUCCCUCACAUCAUACCCCUCAUCACCCUCCUCGAGCGAGACAGCCCUCUGCUAGACGGUGGGGAGCCCUGGGACAAUUCUGAUAAUGGUGUAGAAGUGGUUAUGGCACACUUGGAGGCUGCCCGGAUGGUGGCACAUCACGGAGGCCUUUACCGUACCAACACAGAGAUGAGGUUACAAGGGUUCCAUCCCAGAUCCGAUCUCUUAGAAGUUUCAAGCACAGAAUUCCAGAUGCGGAUGCUGUGGGGAAGCCGGGGGGCCUCGGGCUGCCAGGGGGAGAGAUAUGACAAGUUUGACAAGGUGCUGGCAGCUCUGUCACAUAAACUGGAGCCGUCAGUGAGAUUCAGUGAAUUAUAAAACAUUCAGGACUUGGGGAAAGAGGACAGACGCAGAACGGACUCGGUUGGCCCUUGUCGGGUCAGAAUCUUUACAGAGGAAUAUCAGCACUUUUUUUAUAUAUAUACACAUCAUCUCUGCCAAAGGGCCAGUAACACACUGUGAAGCAGAUUAUUGGACCCCUUGGAUGGAAAGACUUAACCCAGAUUGGGUAUGUCUAACUAAUGGCAGACAUUGGAUGGAAAAUGGCUGCUGCACCCUCCAGAGAAGACUCUUCAUUAUCACUGCAUGAAGACUGUGUCUCUGUGUCCAUCCAUCACUGCUUAUUGCAGACUAGAGUAAAAAGACAAAAAAAAAGCAUAUAACAUACUGGUCACAGAACUCCUUGGGCAUAGGUUGUCUAGUUUUUUCAGGACCAAUAUUUGACCAGGGGCCACUCUUAGCUCAUAACAAGGUUACAAAUCUAAGAUAAAAUUGUGUGUUAGUGUAUUGUAUAGUGCCAUAGUCACACCUAAUCUCACACUGACAUUCAAGAUCAAUUAGGCCUACUCCCCAGUUCUUACCCUAACUAACCUUCAGGAUGAGUGUCCUUCCCCCAGUGUCUCCAAAAACCUCUAGAGUUUGGGAACCACGAUCCACAAGUGCCAUCUAGUGUUGAAACAGUAAAUAGCACACAUAGCUGCUCAAUUGUUUCAACAUCUCCUUCCAUUGACUGUUAAUGAAAGCACUUUAAACAGGACUCUUUUUAAUCAUAGUGCAAGAAUCCCCAUGGGAUGAUCAUUCCUGCUUCUAUACCUAAAUAAAGUGCUCACACUUGUUAAUCUACAACUGCCAAUACAUUUUACAUAUAUGAUCUAACCAUUGGGGGACUGGACCGCCUAAAGCACAGUAGAGAACCUGACAUCCCAGGCACACUCUCCUAACAAUAACAUGGAGACAGUGCCAAACGGUAUAGAGGUUAUAUAGCCUUGGGGGGAUAAGAAAUGUGAGAAUGAGCAUUUCCACAGAUUUGGGCCCAUCAGAAGAACCACAGGUAUUCUUGCAGGCCAGUCCAACCCUGUAACUGACAGACUCUGCCAAAAUUCAACCAAAAAUUACUGUAAUGCCACAAAAGAAUUAGCAUCGAACACAAAGGACCUGAUACAGGUCAUUCAUUUGGUAAUUCAAAGGGAGCAGGGUCUCAUGCAAGAAGAUGAGAAUCUCUCUCUGGGUGGUGCUCUUGCAAAUAUAUCCAGAGAAAAUGUUACCUGUACUUCUUGGGAGUGGGAGCAGAUGGGCUCUGACAUAUCAUGUGUAAAAAAUGGCUGCAUCAGCCCUGGUGGGGUGGGAAGGGGAUAGUGGGGUAAGAGAAAGGGGGGGGGGGAGAAUUAAACUUGUUUGCACAAACGUAUAAUAUAUAUAUAUUGUUUCCGGCCAUUCGGAGGGGAUGAAGCCCCUACACUAUCCUCAAGCAACUGUGAAGCUUUUAUUAUUUUAUUAAGGUGUUUUGUGUACAUAUGAUAGGGGUUAAAACCUGCACCACAUGCACAGCAAAGAGAGUAAAAUGAGCUUGUUGUCAGAAUAUUAAAUAUUCAAGCUCCUGGUAGCAGGAGGGCAAUAUGGCGCAUGUUGGAUCACAGCACUGCAGAUGCCAGAUCUAGAACUGAAACUGGAACUUGUGUGGCCUGUAAAUAAUUUAGUAUCACUUUGUAUAUAGACACUCACAUGUGCGCUGUACAGCAACCCCAUGCCUUCAUUGUAUAUUGCUGUGCAGUCUCUAUUGCUGUGUAAAUAAAGGGAUUCUUGGCAA